AUUUCCUGCCAUAGAUAACUAUGGCCGAUUUAACCGAGAAGGCGGAAACCAUGAAGAACUAUCACAUAGCGUCGGAAAAGAUUAACCCGCUGGCCGGUCGUUUCCCUCAUUGUAUCGUGUGGACCCCAAUCCCAGUGUUGUCUUGGCUGUUUCCAUUUAUUGGGCACAUGGGCAUCUGCACUUCAGUUGGAGUCAUCAGAGACUUUGCUGGACCCUAUUUUGUAUCUGAGGACAACAUGGCUUUUGGAAAACCAACAAAAUACUGGAUGCUGGACGUAAGCAAAGUCUAUGCCAGUGGCUCUAGCGCUUGGGAUAUUGCCGUGCACGACGCUUCGGAGGAGUACAAGCACAGGAUGCACAACCUGUGUUGUGACAACUGCCAUUCGCACGUGGCCAUGGCUCUCAACCUGAUGCGCUACGACAACAGCACGUCGUGGAACAUGGUCAAGCUCUGCCUCCUGGUGCUGCUGCACGGAAAGCACGUCAGCUGCGCGGGCUUCCUGAAGACGUGGCUGCCCUUCCUCAUGCUGCUGGGCCUCAUUGUGACAGUGGCGCUUGUCAUCAACCUCCGAUGACCUCCCCCAGGGAAUGUCGGCAAACAAAGUGAGGCCUUUUUAUGCCGAGAAAAGACUUUUGAAAAACCUGUAAGAGACGCCGGAAUGAAUGUCUCACACAAACACCUCCACCACUGCCACGCACACAAUUUCUAACAAUAAUAAUAAUCUAAAUCUAUUUUUAGAAAAACCUGUCUUUAGUAUCACAAUUCAGAACUUCUUCUUUUUUUCGCUAGCAAUUUAAACGGCAAUUGCCGCCUCAGGGUGAAUGUCGUUAUGCCGUUAAAGUGCGGGUCAGUGCCAACUCCAUGUUUUAAAAACCGUGUCAAAUAUGAGAGACCCAGGACUAGCCUUUUACAGAGAAGUCCAGUUUACCCUGCUGGAUACGUUCCAGACCCACCUGCGAAAUAACGCUAAUAUAUCAAUUUGCUAAACCACACUUCCGUAGUGCCUGUUCUCACUGUCAGGAUAUGAGACUAUCAUUGAAAUAUAAUUUUAAGGAAAUGAAAAUUCGUCAGCUUUACAUAUCUGCCACAUCUGCUCAACAUAAUUUACCCAGAAACAAUUUAGCUAUCCAAAAAGAAAAAAAAAUGCAACCAUCUAGUAAUGACAGCCAUCUGAAAAACAUUUAUUUUGGGUGAAGUAUUUACUUGAGGUUGAGAGGACCC